UUCCUGCUGGAGGUUGCGAGACAGAAGAACCAGACUCCGCUCCCGCUCAUCAAACCGUACACCGGACCUCGCCUUCCUCCGGACCGCUACUGUCUGACGGCACCGAACUACCGACUGAAGUCCAUCCAGAAGAAGGUGACGCCAUCUGCCGGCAGGAUAACGGUGCCUCGCCUCAGCGUCGGCGCCGUCUCCAGCCGGCCCACCACGCCCACGCUGGGAACUCCAUCUGUCCAGUCGGUCAGCACAAAGGUUGGAGCUCCUGUGUCUCUGACGGGUCAGAGGUUCACCGUUCAGAUCCCCCCGCCCUCUCAGACGACCAAGACCACGACGCCGUCCACCCCCGCCGUCUCCAACGUCCUCAUCAACCCGUCUUUGAUCGGCUCCAAGAACAUCCUCAUCACCACCAACAUGGUGUCGCAGAGCGCCAGCGGCGACUCGCUGAAGAGGAAGCACGAAGACGACGACGACUACGACGCUUUAUGACCACGGAGCUCAAAGUGACUUUAAGGACUGAGAGAAAAGAAGUGAGCUGUUGGACGGUCGUCUCCAGAGGACAGAGUGUCCAGCAGCUGUGGAUCCAGACCGAGAUGCAGGUUCUGAUGUGAUUUAAAUCAAUAAAAACAAUAAAACCUC